AUGCGAAGGAUCCGUCCUGCUUCCCUGCACUUGUAUUCCCAGUAGUCGUUGUGGGUUAUCGAGUUAUGCUGUCUGUCCUCCUUGGAAAGUGAGCGGCCACGUCGGAUAUACCCAGAGGAGGCAGCAUGGGAGCCUGUCAGUCUGGUUGGUACCGGUGCGGGAUCUGGAGGGGGAGAUGGUGCCCGGGCGGCCGCAUGAGGGCGCAGGAGAGCCGGUGACAUCGACUGAAGCAUGGGAGUCGCUCGAGUCAUCGUGGUCGGCUUCCUUGGGUUCGUCUUCGGAGUCGGUCGAGUCAUCGGAGUCAGUCGAGUGUUCGGAGUCGGCCUCGUCGUCUUGGUCAGCUGUCCUGGGGGUUGCUGCCGUUCCUGUAAGUGGGACAUGCUCGGGGGACUGCGCAGUCACUGUGGCCGGACUGUGAGGUCUCCAGUAUCCUUCGAUUAAAUUAGCAAGAACUUGCUAAUUUCGCUUAAGCCUACCUGAGGUCAUUGGAAUUCCCUUACGAAGGACAAGGAGCUGGGAUAUGAAGAUAAGGAAUUGGGCUAUGAGGAAAGAAGCAGAAGAACGGUGCCUAGCCACUUGGGUCAUCAGAGAUCGAGCAAGGAUCUGGCAAGAAACGAGGCCCUCGAUCUACAAGGCCCUGAAAGGUGGGGAGUCGUCCUCGAGUCCUGAUGACACUGGGCGGGGUGAAGGCAGCAGGUGGCGAGGACAAUGAUGGCAUCACUUCUGGCUCUUCUCCCCCUCAUGAUCAGCACGGCAGCCUUCGCCACAGCAGUAGACGUGGGGGGCCAGGCGGUGGUGGGGGUCUUCCUGCAGGAGGACGGACGAGCCACCAGUCACACCUACGUUGAAAGUGGCCCCGACGCACUCCCCAGGCUUACAAAGUUCAGCCUGUGUGUGCGGUUCCACCAGCUGAAUGGGGGCCAGCCAGCCACCAUCUUUAGCUACACCAACGGCACGGCCUUCGAGGAGCUCAAACUGGCCGUGCAGUGGCCGAGCGGGGAGGUGUUGGUGAUGUGCUGCAACUAUCACAUCCACCAGUACAUCAAGGUGGCCGUCCGCCUCUUCACCUGGCACCACCUGUGUGUCGCCGCCAACCUCCCCAACGACACCCUCCACCUUGCCUUUGACAACACGACUUACCGACUGAGAGCCAAGCGAGCAGAAUCGGAAACGGCACCAGGGUCUGCCGGGGUGAGACCCAAUGGCCGCUUCGUCUUGGGACAGAAUAUCAACCUGAACGCAGAGUGGGACCUGACACAGUCCUUCCAUGGCUACCUAGCAGAUUUUAGGCUGUAUGACAUAGACCUCCCACUAGAUGCCAUGGAGAACUUUACCACUUGCCGGGCUGACCUCAGUAGUGUUGGACUGCGCUAUAGCUUCAGUAAGAACAUGUCUUUGCUGCAGAUAAACGGUGAGAGUCAGAUGGUGACGCUCAGACUUUCCGAGUUAUGUCGCAAAACUGACAGGUACUUGAUACUUUUACCAGAGAGACAGAUAUUCAGUGAAGCGCUCGUCUCUUGCAAAAAUUUUGCCGGCAGCCUUGCUGUUCCCAGAGACUCUGAGGAAAACAAGUGGGUCUUUGACGAAUUUAUAAAAUUCAAUGAUCAAUGCAUACAAGGGUGGGCGAGUCUCUACUGGCUGGGGUUGAAAAGCAACCUCAGCGAGAAGACUUGGGUGCUUAUAGAGGACGACACGCCGCUCAAAUGGGGCAGCUGGUUGGAGGCCUGGAGCACACCGUCAGAGCAGUACCCAUGUGCCACUGGCGCUGCCAUAAACUUUCCAUACCGGUGGUACUGUGCUGAUUGCAAGACCCUCACCUGCCCAUUAUGCACCUUUACUACGCCUCCCACACUAAGACUUCGGGGCCUCUGCAGAGAAUCCAAGUUUGAUCGUACCUACACACUCCACGGAUAUCAGAACGGUCGACCGGUUUUCGAAGGCUAUUUCUUCAGUCGAAUAGUAUGGGGUAACAACACUUGGGUGCUGGAGAGCCGGCGGGAGGAAGAUGUGGAAGCCAGAAUGGUGGAGAAGCGCCCCAAGGGCUACCCAGUAGGCUUGGCCUCCUGGGAGACCCAGGGUGAUAGCUGCGGACGACAGGUAGAGUACCUGUUAACUGCAUGUGGUGAGGGGGACUUUACCUGCGUUGACGGCUCGUGUGUCAAGAUAGCUCGCCGGUGUGACCAAGUGACCGACUGUAGCGACAGCAGCGACGAGCUCAACUGUGAGGUGUUGCAGGUACCACACGGCUACUCCCAAGACCUGCCACCACCCACACUCCAUCAGCAGCCCCUCCAGCUCGUCUUGCAUCUGGAGGUGACUUCGGUGCGGGUGUUUGACCUAGUUGCCUUCACUGUGCAGCUGGAUGUCCUGCAAAGCGUCACAUGGCAUGACGCCAGGCUCACCUACGCCAACCUUCUACCAGGAGACUUCAACAACCGGGCCAAGGUAUCUGACCUAAUCUGGCUACCCACAAUUAUGAUUAAGGAUGCAGCUCGAAGCCCCACAGACGUCGUCAUGAGGAGGCAAAUUCUUCGUAUUAAUCGGGAAUCCUCGCCUAUCACUGACGACGACACCAGACCUAGGGAAGACAAGUUGUACGCAGGUGGGGAGCAGAGUAUUCGCUUGGAGCAGCAGUACACAGUCAGCUUCAUGUGUCAGUUCAGCCUACACAUGUACCCCUUUGACAUCCAGCACUGUCUCCUCUCCUACACCCUUACCAACAUACAGGACAGAUUUCUCUUUGUCAAGGGUGGAGUGAACUAUACUGGGGAAAGGCGCCUCAUGGAGUACAAGUGCGUUGGAGAGGAAAUGCGUGGGCCCAGUGACCUCCCAGGUGAUGUCCAGAUGAUACUAGAAUUUCGAAACCAGUAUGGAUACUACAUAGGAAAUGCUGUGGUACCCAGUUUGCUAAUGGUGGUUAUCUGCUACCUUGCUUUGUUCUUCGAUCUACACGAUUUUCAGGACCGCAUCAUGGUAUCGCUGACAUCACUACUGGUGCUGGCGUCUUUGUUCAGCCAAACAAGUCAAUUCAUCCCCAAGACAGCUUACCUCAAGCACAUAGAUGUGUGGUACAUCUGCCUGAUCUCUAUAGACUUCAUAAUCAUCCUUGUCCUCGUUGCCAUUGAAAAUUUUCGUUUAAAAUACCUUGCUAAGCAAGAAUAUUAUGCUUCACCAACACACAAAAUGGUCCAGGUUGGUCCAGCAGCAGAUAUUAAUCAUAAGGUUAAUAGCAAACAGAAAACUAAAACAAAGACCAUGUACAAGUCUCCAACGACUGAAAGAAGCCUCCAGCUUCAUGAGCUUAUUAAUAAAAUCUCGCUAAUUUUCAUCCCUGUUGCCUCUGUCCUUUUUGUCUUCAUCUUCUUCUUGAUAGCCUUUCUAAAGUUUCGUGCAAAUCAAAUGAAUCCAUGAACUUUUAAGGGACCUAUAUCACAAUACAGCCCGUCCUCAAACAAAGGAUGAAGUCCAUUCCAUACACCCAUCAAACAGUUUAUGAAUGAAAAUCGGGUUACACAAGACAACUGAUGACAUUCGAGCACUUCUCAAACAAGUGCUUCGCUGAUAACUUUUAGUCAAAUAACACUGCUGUAAAUGCUUCCCCCACUUACAAAUAAUUGCCAACACAACCUAAAAACCUAACUUUACAAUGCCUAAAUACAUAACUAUAUUAAUUUGAGAAAAUCUCUAUUUUGAAUGAACAGCAUAUUAAAACCGAUGAAUGCAUUUUUGGGGGGUCGACAGCUGGAUGGAAUGGACCUAGUCUGAGGACAGGUUGCACAAACCUUUUUAUUAUUAUUAUUAUUAUUAUUAUUAUUGCUGAAGACGACAAAUGGCAAUAUUUUAUAUAGCAGAUGAUGAGUCACAAUAACAGUGCUGAAGAUAUGAUGACCAAACCACACACGAGAGGAUGAAGAAAUGUUGUUUCAGUCCAUCUUGGACCAUUAUCAAGUUAAUUGUGAUAACUUGAUAAUGGUCCAGUCAGACUGAAAUGUCAUCACCAUCUUCUGGUGUGUGGUUUGGUCACCUUUUCAUAUAGCUGUACAUUAGGUGCGUGUUGGAAUUCCUCAGAUAUGUGGGUUGUCAUUACUCAACCCUGGCUGUGUCGAGUGUAUUGGAUUAUAAUACAUAGAAUACAUUACUUAAAUAGUAUUUAUUUAAGCUCCAGGGUACUGCGUGUAAAAAUAAUAAAUCUCAAACUUACACGUUAGUUGCCAACUUUCUAUUUACAAUGACAAAUGAUCACCGGCUCGGAAAUACAAGUAAAAGGAUUCACUGUAAAUGAAAUCCUAACACCGAUAAAACCUAAAAAUAACACCAUGACUAAGACAUUUACAGUGGAUAAACAAUAAUUUGUUUCUGUAAAUGAAGAGGUUAUUCUUUGGAACUCUUCAAUGUGGAAUAAAAAUCUCUAUGAUUUUUUCACUAUAAAAGUUUUACAAGAUCUACUGGACAAAAUGAC